CGAGGACAGCUCGGACCAAGAGGAGAAGAGUUCGCCAGGACAUGUAGCCAAGCGACUUAAAUGCUGAUGACUGCCUUGGAUUGAGGCAAAGUUACAUUUCAAUCCGUGACAUGAGGCAGCAAGAGGCCAUUUUUUACUACAAGCGCACCCGGUAGUGGCGAUCAUCUCAAAAUGGGCAAGUGGAGUCGCAAUCUGUACGAGAAGACGGAUUACCCGGACACGUACACCCCGGACGAUUGCUUCUUGGCUGCCAUUCAUCGCAAUAAGAACUUGAAUAAAUAUACUCUUCAUGAGAGUGUGGCGUGUGCCUCUCAAGUGACCUUACAAUUCAGCUCCGUGAUCCUCUUCUACUCGGGCUACAUCUACCUCAAGCAAGGCUGGAUCAGCAGCUUCAACUUACUCAAGUUGGAUCUGAUCUUGGCCCUCAUGGCCUACCUGAUCGCCGGCACAUCCAGCUCCUUGUUCGGAGACUUCCGCCAUCUAAUCAUCUUUGUGACCUUUGGCUACGGUCUAACGCCCGUUCUCUUCAAGCUCACAGACACGAUCAGUACGGACACUAUUCAUACAAUGAGUUGGAUCAUGUUGUUCCUUCAUCUCUUGCUCCAUAACUACAGUGUCAAGGCAUAUGAUACCAAACCCAUGUCUUUGAAUGCCUCGCUAUUUAGUGCCGUGUGUCUAGCCUCGAGAUUGGACUCCAGUUGGGAUGCCUUUGUGUUGCUUUCGGUGGCGGUGGUUCUCUUCGUCUUGUUCCCAAUGGCGAGAGUCCGAUUGGACCAGGCGUUGGGAUUGGCCUUUGUCGCCGAAUCCGUGGUAGUGGGCGUGUGUUUCUCCAUUUCGUGUGGGUUCGGUUUAGGCGUGGCUUGCGCUAUGGUGUUUGUGAAUAUUAUUGCGCCUAUGCUGUUUGUUAAAUGGCAAUCGUACAAAGAGACCAUUCAUGGCCCUUGGGACGAGGCUGUACCAUUGAUGUGAUGUGAUUUAAAUUGCGUAAUAAGAACAAUGUAUUUCA